GGUCUACCGCAAGAUCGUCUCCCACUGCAACCACCGCAGGAAGCAUCCUUCAGGCCAUCCUUCAAACUGACCGUGCGUAGCCUUUUUUAUGAGGUAUACUCGGUGGCCUUUUCUCCCGUUAGGCAGCUGGUGGCGUCCAGCGACAAUAAAGGCAAUAUCCGGCUCUGGAAUACCGCUACAGGUGCGAUCCAGCAGAAAUUUACGCACCCUCAAGGAACGGACCCAGGUUCCCUUGACGUGCUGUGUGUGGCCUUCUCCCCCGAUGGCCGGCUGCUGGCUCCCAAGCUGUGGGGUUAUAUCGUGAUGGACGGGGCCUCCCCCUGGGUGAAUUCGGUGGCCUUCUCUCCCGACGGUCGUCUGCUGGCGUGCGGCUCCGAGGGUAAGAAGGUCCAGCUCUGGGAUGCCGCCACGGGUGCGUCGCAGCAGACUCUUAAGGCCCAUUCAGGUAGCGUGAACUCGGUGGCCUUCUCUCGUGAUGGCCGGCUGCUAGCAUCCGGCUCCGAUGACGGAACUAUCCAGCUCUGGGAUACCGCCACGGGCGCACUACAGCGGAUUCUUAAGGUCGAUUCUGGUGCAGUGAAGUCAGUAGCCUUCUCUCCUGACGGCCGACUUCUGGCGUCUGGUUCCAUGUUUAUCCGGCUCUGGGAUGCCGGCACGGGUGAGCCACAGCGGACUCUCAAGGCCCAUUCAGAUUGCGUAAAUUCGGUGGCCUUCUCUCCUGAUGGCCGUCUGCUGGCGUCCGGCUCUCGUGAUUACACUGAUGCCUACACGGGCACGCUGCAGCAGACUCUCAAGGCCCAUUCAAAAGAUGUGUCGUCGGUAGCCUUUUCUCCCGAUGGCCAACUGUUGGCGUCUUGCUCUCGUGAUAAGACGGUCCAGCUCUGGGAUACCCGACACGGAUGA